AUGAGAUUAGACUGGAUUGCGAGGAUUUUGGGCAUGUUGCUGAUGCUACCUUUUACAGACACACAGGACUACUGGCCCGUCCACACUGUUUGCAACACCAACAAGAUCAAAGUAAUAUACAAGAGCUGCGACCCUAUGCAGGAUAUAGGACUCUCCUUCAGCUCCUGUUCUAACCUACUCACUCAGCCAACUACACUUAAAAUAUUUGUGCAGCUCAGGCAAUCCAUCAAUGAGCUGUAUGCAUCUGUGGAUCUUUUCCUUAAUGGAGAUUUUGUUUUACAUCAUGAUGAGCCCUUUUGCUUACCUAGCUUUCCUCGUUUUACCUUCUGUGGCCAGCGGAGAGGAGAAACAAUCAAAAUCCAGUCCACUUUGCCAGCAGUGGGUCUUUCCCUACAGGGUGAAUAUAAUACAAAAAUCUAUGCAAUAAACCAAAAUGGCUUUCAGAUUUUGUGUUUCAAUGCCACACUUACAUUUAAGUGA